AAUUUUAAAGGGUGCCUCGGGACUGUCCAUAAUUUUAAUUGGUGCCUCAAGACUGUCCAUAAUUGUAAAGGGUGCCUCAAGACUGUCCAUAAUUUUAAUUGGUGCCUCAAGACUGUCCAUAAUUGUAAAGGGUGCCUCAAGACUGUCCAUAAUUUUAAUUGGUGCCUCAAGACUGUCCAUAAUUGUAAAGGGUGCCUCAAGACUACUGUCCAUAAUUGUAAAGGGUGCCUCAAGACUGUCCAUAAUUGUAAAGGGUGCCUCAAGACUGUCCAUAAUUGUAAAGGGUGCCUCAAGACUGUCCAU